GUAUGGGAGCAGUUUCCAGUGUGACUCGUGAGCUGAACGUGCGUGAUUCACCACAAACUUCAGGGAAAAUAAAAAUGUACUCAGUUUGCAAGUCUUAAUGCCGAGCGUGUGUCAUCUACCGAAACGACUCAUGUAAAUUAAAUGGUCCUCAGAGGCAGUUUGUUUACAAGGGACCCAUGUAACAGCCUUCUGGAUCCAGACACAUUUUCUUGUUUACCCAUGGCUUAAUUUGAAAGUGAAGCGGUGGAAAUCAUUCUGGCCUCUGAAAGGUCUGUUACUGGUGAAACAUGCCUUUGCCGUUUGGAUUAAAACUUAAAAGGACACGAAGAUAUACGGUCUCUAGCAAGAGCUGCCUGGUCACACGCAUACAGCUGCUUAAUGGCGAAUUUGUUGAGUUUACACUUUCUGUGGAAAGCACAGGCCAGGAAUGUUUGGAAGCAGUUGCUCAGAGACUCGAAUUACGAGAGAUAAUGUACUUCAGUCUCUGGUAUUUCAAUAAACAAAGCCAGCAGCGAUGGAUUGAUUUAGAAAAGCCUCUAAAGAAACAGCUUGACAAGUAUGGACAAGAACCCACUGUUUACUUUGGAGUCAUAUUCUAUGUGCCGACAGUUUCCCAGCUGCAACAAGAGAUUACCAGAUACCAGUAUUACCUCCAGUUGAAGAAAGAUGUUCUGGAGGGCAGGAUUCCUUGCUCAAUUGAGCAAGCCAUCCGGUUAGCUGGCUUGGCUGUACAAGCUGACUUUGGAGAUUUCAGCUGCUAUGACUUGCAGGAAUUUCUUCAAAAAUUUGUGCUUUUCCCAAUGGAAUGGAUUCAAGAUGAGAGAGUUGUUGAAGAAGCCACUCAAAAAGUUGCCCUGCUUUAUCAAAGCUACCGAGGUAUGCCAGUACCAGAAGCAGAAUUGUUGUACAUGCAGGAAGUGGAGAAGAUGGAGGGCUAUGGUCAAGAAAGUUUUCAAGCAAAGGACAGCCAGGGUGCAGAUAUACUCAUUGGAUCCUGUCUGGAUGGGAUUUUUGUUAAGCACAAAAACGGCCGAGCAUCUCUUUUAUUCCGAUGGAAUGACAUUAACAACAUGACUCAUAACAAGUCUUUUUUUGCCCUGGAGCUGGCCAACAAAGAAGACACCAUUCAGUUUCAGACUGAAGACAUGGAGACGUCCAAAUAUGUAUGCAGAAUGUGCUUGGCACGGCACCGAUUCUAUAAGAUCAACAAAAGUACUCUAGAGGAAUCUGAUGCUCCACCUUCUGAAAGCUCCCAGAAGUCCAUUCUCACUCUAUCAUUUCCACGCUUUCCAAUGCUCUCUCGUCCCUCUCUGCCUUCUAACAAGGGUCAAGCUGAACCAACGCCAGUGAACCCAGUUAGACGACGCUCCUCCACAAGAAUUUCAAUGCCCAAGCCUCAGACAUACAUGAUGCCACCACCUCAGUUGCACUACAAUAGCCAUUACCGGGAGCCUUACAAAUCUUCUCAAGACAAUCUUUACAUGAACAAUCACAAUGGUUACUACUACCACUCUCAGACCAGCCUAGACCACUCACCACAUGAGUACAAUGGAAGAAUCCGGAAUGGCAGCGUGUACAGCGCCCACAGCACCAGCUCCCUCACCAACCCACAACACUACAUGCAGCCAUCACCAAUGUCCUCAAAUCCAAGCAUCACGGGCAGUGACGUCACACGGCCUGAUUACGUGCCCUCUCAACGCCACAGUGUCCUGAUCCCACCCUCGUACCGUGCCACACCCGACUAUGAGAGUGUCAUGCGCCAGAAGAACCACGGUGCCAUGGCAGCCAUGCCUGAGCGUCACAGCCACUCUAUGAGGAACCUCAACAUUGGUAAUUCUUACGCCUACAGCCGACCUGACCCACUUGUGUACAGCCAGCCUGAGAUCCGUGAGCACAGAGGAACAGCAGCUCAGUAUCCCCUCCACUACAGCUUUCACAGCCCUUCGCCAUACCCAUACCCAGGUGAGAGGAGGCCAGUGGUGGGUGCCGUCAGUGUGCCCGAGCUCACUGAUGUUCAGCUGGCACAGGCUCACGCUUACCCGGCGCCCAACAUCAUGGGUGCUCAGGUGUACCGACCACCUCCACCUUACCCAUACAGCCGUCCACGGCCAGCCAACAGCACACCCGACUUAUCACGUCACCUUCAUGCGAGCAGCAGCAGCCCUGACCUGAUCACUCGUCGCGUACACCACUCUGUGCAGACUUUUCAGGAAGAUAGCCUACCUGUGGCACACUCGCUACAAGAAAUGAGUGAGCCACUCCUUCCCACCAACACGAGACACCCUUACACACACAAGCGCAACUCUAUUGAGCUUGCUGGACUGAUGUAUGGUCUGGAAACCAUGAGGCUGAAAGAAAGAACUGUUUCUGUUUCUGCCUCCGAGACUCUGUCCAAGCUUGCUCCACCUGUUGCUCUCCCUGCUUCGGCUUCUACCUCCCAGCUUGAUGUCUUCGAGGAGAGAACUGAGGCUGAGGACAUGGUUCUAAAAGAGGAUGCGCAUUACGGGCAUAAAAAAUCCCUAUCUGAUGCCACCAUGCUGGUCCACAGUAGUGGAGAGGAAGAGGAGUUUGAGGAUGACAGUGGCCGACACACGCCUCAGUCUCAGGAUGCAAUAGCAGCUUCAAAGGAGCAUAUCAAUGUCCUGGAAAUCCCUUUAAUGGAGACACCUCUGCCUGCCUAUCCUUUCAGCACCAGUUUGGAUCAGGUUAUCCCCAACCCACUGGGUUUUCAACCCCAGCCUCGUAUCCGUGAGCAGGACGAGACAGGAUCUCUGUACCCAUUUGGUGAGGCAGAUGCCAUCAUGCCUUCAGUUUCAGAGGGAGAUCUGAGCAACCAAAGUCGAUGGAAGCUUAAAAGGGAGAUGAUCAAAAAAAGACCUGUUUCAGAUGUGCCUUCUACACGAAGAAACAUUGAUGGCCUUCCACCACCUUUGUGGUUUUUAAUUAAUUUGAAUGGAGAGUAUCAGGAUAUUUCUGGCUACAGGAAGGGGACGCUGGUAAAUUCCAUACCUGUGAAGAAUGUAGUGGAGCAGGGUAUGAAGAAAGGUGUUCGUUCAGAGAUGAAGAAGACGGGUCCAUUGAAGCUGGCAACUCUCAAUGGCUUGACACUUGCCCGGAUGCCCGUACCUGACGAGGCCAAAGAUGAGCAUGGGAAAGCCUCUAAUGAUGACAGGUGUAAGCUACUGGAGCAACGGAUGGAGCAGGGCCUGGUGUUUACAGAAUACGAGCAAAUACCAAAGAAAUGGCCCGGUAAUGAGUGCAGCAUUGCGCAGCUUCCAGAGAAUGCAGAGCGAAACCGCUUUCAGGAUGUGCUGCCGUACGAUGACACAAGGGUAGAACUUGUGCCCACUAAAGAGAACAACACAGGAUACAUCAAUGCAUCGCAUAUCAAACUUACAAUAGGGGGAGAAGAGUGGAAUUAUAUUUCAGCUCAGGGUCCUCUCCCUAACACAUGUCAAGACUUCUGGCAGAUGGUUUGGGAACAAGGGGUUACCAUUAUUGCAAUGGUUACUGCUGAAGAGGAGGGAGGACGAGAAAAGAGUUUCCGUUACUGGCCCCGUCUAGGCUCCCGCCACAACACUGUUACUUACGGGCGCUUUAAGAUCACCACACGUUUUCGCACAGAUUCAGGUUGCUAUGCUACCACAGGCCUGAGGAUUAAACAACUAAUGACAGGCCAGGAGCGAACUGUCUGGCAUCUGCAGUACACAGAUUGGCCUGACCAUAGCUGUCCUGAAGAUUUUAAAGGUUUUCUGGCAUAUUUGGAAGAGAUUCAGUCUGUGAGGCGGCACACCAACAGCACCAGCGAUCCAAAGAACACAAACCCGCCCGUGCUUGUGCACUGCAGUGCAGGGGUGGGGCGCAGUGGCGUGGUCAUUCUCUCUGAGAUCAUGGUUGCCUGUCUGGAACAUAAUGAGAUGCUGGACGUCCCUACUGUUCUGAGCCUGCUGCGACAGCAGCGCAUGAUGAUGGUGCACACAGUUUCCCAAUACACCUUCAUUUACAAAGUUCUAAUACAGUUUCUUAAAAACUCCAGACUUAUAUAAGCUCACAUUGUUGGCUAUGCUGCCACACACCUGGACAAUGUUGUUAUAACUGGAACAGAUCAUUAGGCCUCACAGGAUUUUGUAGGGUGUGAAAGGGCAGUGUGGUGAAGGGAGACUGAGAGGACUGCAGUCGCCUUACUUCUGACUCAUGAGCACUUUCUCCGAGUAUUAGUGAAGGAGCUAGAGCAGGUAUGAAGGAUGCUGUAAACCAGCAUAUACAUUCUCAUUCAUCAGUAUUAUUCAGAUACGUCACUAUGGAGUUUUACACUAUACAAUUGCUACUAAUGAAUCUCAGCACUUUUAGUUUACUACAUUGAGCAAAUGACACUAAUGCUGCAUCUUUAUUUUUAAAUGUAUAACAAAUAUUGAUAGCCUUUUUUUUUUAAUGGUUUUUUUUUUCUUAAUGCCUAUCUUGGUUGAUAGGUGAAGGUUUACGGAGUUGAAAUGAAUGGUUCCAGUGUUGAAGUGUGCAAGUUUAAGGGUGAAAAUGAAGGAUUCUUGUGUGUAUUGUAGGAUGACUACAUUUGUCAUCGUAAAAUCCUAACCUUUGAAUAUGUACUCAAAAUGAAGGAUAAUGACUAAAGCUAUAUGGCUGUGCACUCUCUUGAGGUUUGCGUUUAUGUCUGCAGUCUUUCACGUAAUGAAGUAAUGUUUUGCUUAAGCAGUCCAAACCUUGCAUAGCGGUUAUGUGCAUCAUAAAUGCAGGUAAGGUUACAGCCAAAGAGAAGUUGAGAUGUUUAUAUAUACGUGUGUGUGUGUGUAUGUGUAUAUAUUGAUUUGCAUAUGCAAGUAUUAUAAAAUAAUUUAUGUAUCCCAUAUGUGUCAGUAAGGAUUUAUUACACCCAAGUUUGUGGUGGGAUUACCGUAUUAUUAUUAUUAUUAUUAUUAUUAUUAUUAACAACUAUUUCAGCAGGAUUCUAAAACUAACAACCAAAGAGGUGUCAGACAUGACUUUUAGGUUCUAUGAAGAAUAGCAAAACUUUUUUUUUUUUUAAGCUUUGUUCCUAUGACAUGAUCUACCAAAGAAACUACAUUUUCCAGCCGAGAUUACCACCAAUGUCUUUUUAAAUAACAUAAAAUGUUUUAAACUCCGGUGGACCUAAAUAAGGGAGAGAGUAUAUUGAAAUUGAGGUAAUGUACCAUGUUAGUUUAAUCCAUGUGUGCACAACAAUAGAAGCUUUUCAGUUCUUGCCAAGUCUGGAGAUCAGCUGUGGUGCAAGCGAUUGUAGCUUGUUCAUCUAUUACUUACAUUUCACCACAAAACUAAUGGGUUUAAGGCACAGAUCAUAACUUUGUCUACAAUAGGCAGGCCAGGACUUUAUCUGGAUCUGCUGUUGAAUCGGGAAUUAUAAACAUUAACAGCUCGUCACUGUAAAGAACAUGACCGUGUAGUUCACCUUUAUAUUUGUGCUGUUUUCAUGCAUUGUUGAAAACAUGAAUGCAACUGAAUUCAGCUACUUGUGGAUCUCACUGGAUUGGCUUUGGCUGCUAGUGCAUGCAAGUUAAAUUACUCGUUCAUCCCAAGCAUUUUGAUGCAUCUAUUUGGUGCUCUCCCUUGGCUGCAGAAUCCAUUUGCUUUGGUAAUACAUGGCUCAGAGUUGUCAACUUUAUCUCGAGUAUUUUGUCCAAACAAUUAUUGCAAAAUUGAAAUCUUUCAUAACAUGAAUUACUGUUGUCAAGCCUGUAUGAAGUCACAGGGAGAUUUGGAUUUAGAUUAGGGUUGGCUUUCGAGUGAAGGUAAUGGGGAAUUCCUAUUUCUGUCAAAGUAGGUUUUCUACAGAUCAGGUCUAGACAAAUUAAGUCUUUUCUUCGAAGUCAAAUGCAAUGUGAAGGCUUGGGUUUUUUUUUUUUUUUCUUGUGUGUUGACUUAACAGCAAUUUGCAAUCUUACAAAUUUUCAUUGACCAUAAUUAAAUUUCAUCAGCACUGCAAAGAGAUCAUUUUGACUCUUCAAUGUAUUACCUCAAUCAAAUGGUUUAUUUAUAUUAUUGUUUGUUUAUAAGAGGGCUUGUAUCCAAUAGCACGGAGUUCCUGGAAAUCCAGAAACGGUGUUAAAUUCCAGAAACUUAAGAAUGAAAUGCAGUCAGUCAAUGUCCAAGCAAUUCUGACAACUAUUUUUGCCUUUUAUAUAUCAUUAAACAGAUGUAUUCAAAUACAAAUUGGCUACUCUUUGAAUGUGCCAUGUGUUUACAAUCUGUUACUGUGCUUCGUUUUGAAAAUGGCAGAUAAUUUUCCAUUUGUCAGAGCUCAGCUUCACCAUUAAAUCAGUUCAUCUUCAUAAGUCGUAAACCAGUUUUAUCCCCCAAAAUUCUGUAAUUCUCUACCGUUUCGCAUCUCUAAGCAUAAGGGCAUGCUUUGUGGAUGAAAACAUGGAUGUAGAAUGAUUUCAGUUUCAUGUUUAGUUGCAUCGUCCCUACCACAGAUGAAGGGUUUCAAAGUAAUUGGGAGAUAUGUACACUGUUUCCAUUAAUACCCUACUGUUACUUAUGGACAUUUUUGCACAUCAACACCCAGUAUACCCAGUUCUUAAGAUAAACACUUGACUGUAUUACAAAACUGUCCUAUUACAAUUAUCUGCAAUCUGUUUAUACAUGGUGAACAGCAUUUUUUUUUCCCAGACUGUCUCACAGACAUGUAUAAAUAGAGUAUUUGAAUUUAAAUGGAAGUGCACAUUGCCCACAAAUUUGCUUUGUUUCCGAAUGCAAAAUCUUCCAAGCUGGAUUUGUGAAUUAGUAUUUAGUGCAUGUCUCCCACUUAUAUUACUAUCAUACAAAGUUGGAGAGAUUGAACAAAUAUUAUGAACAAAAAGACAACCCCUUUUUUCACCAAUGGGAUAUGGGUUCUGUUCCGGUUCGCACACCAAAUUUUGAACCAUUCGGAGCAUUUUUACCAAAAAUAAAUUGGUUCAGACCCUGAGAAACUGGUUUCUAGCUGAAACCAAAAGAGGGCUGGUUUUCCCAGUGUGGACUGUGAUGACAUCACUGGGUGUGUCAUUAGUUUGGAGAGUUUUUACAUCUUAGUAGUAGUUAGUUGAUGCCUGGUAUUUUUUUUUGGAUGAAAAUGAAUAUCUGCAAUAACGGAACAAAAGUUUGCAGGUAAUCAAUGUGAUCUACCAUCUUACUGCUACUGUUCUUGUAUUAUGCCUUGUACAACGGUCUCUGUUGAUGCUCAAAACUGGUGGAAACACAGCCUGGUUCAUAGAAUCCUGAACAGAACUAGUUCAAGAACUCUUUCCCUGUUGGUCGAAAAGCAUGAAGACUGCUGUGGGGGUUUUUUUGUUGUUAUUUUUUAAAUGAAGUGCUGGGGUUUUUUUUUUUUGGUUUUUUUUUCUGUUUUUUUAAAAUAUGUAAAGCUGUAUCAUACACUGUUUAUAUUGUUAAUUGUAGUCGUAUUGAGCAUUAAUGGCGAUUUCUUUGUUAGCAAUACCUGUCCUACUGUCUUUUGUCUCAUGGUUGAGAAUAUAUCCUAUAAAUCAGAAUUCAUAUCCCACUGUAAAUGAUUUGUCCAGAGAAAAGCUGUCGUUCAGGAAAUAAAUAUUUUCAAUAAA